AUGUCAGAGUUACAAGAACAGAUUGGAAACCUCAGCAUUAGCGAGGACAAGAAGCAAAAUGGUCAAACAGAUCGUUCUUACGUUCCUCCUCACAUGAGAAAUAAGAAAGUGAGUAGAACUAGUAAUAAUGGUCCCUCCGUUCAACCAAAUAGAGGAUUUUUUAGCAGUAGACCUUCUCGUCAAAAGACAGGGUCGUUUUUUGGUGGUUCCGCUCCUCGCCAGGAUGAGUAUCACGGCUUCUCCAGUAGAUGGGUCGAUGGUAAGCAUAUUCCAGGUCCUAGAAAUGAGGGGUUAGAACUAAAAUUAUUUGGUGAGGCUUCUGAAAGUCACGGUUCAGGAGGUAUCAAUUUCGAUAAUUAUGAUGACAUCCCUGUGGAAGCCUCUGGUGAAGACGUCCCUGACCCUAUUAUGGAAUUUACGUCGCCUCCCCUAGAAGAAUUAUUACUAGAAAAUAUUAAACUUGCAAGAUUUACUAAACCAACUCCCGUUCAAAAAUAUUCCAUUCCUAUUGUCAGUAAAAAUAGAGAUUUGAUGGGUUGUGCUCAGACUGGGUCUGGUAAGACUGGUGGGUUCCUUUUCCCCAUACUUUCCGAAAUGUUCAUUAACGGUCCAUUGAACGUUCCAGAUAAAUCAAGGAACCAUUACAUGAGGAAGGGUUAUCCCACAGCAUUAGUGCUGGCACCUACUAGAGAACUAGCCACACAAAUUUUUGAAGAAUCAAGAAAAUUCACGUACAGAUCAUGGGUAAGACCUUGUGUUGUUUAUGGUGGUGCCCCCAUCGGGAAUCAGAUGAGAGAACUCGAUCGUGGUUGUGACCUAUUGGUGGCUACUCCCGGUAGAUUAAAUGAUUUACUGGAACGUGGUAAAAUUUCACUGAUGAAUGUCAGAUAUUUAAUUCUGGAUGAAGCUGAUAGAAUGCUAGAUAUGGGGUUUGAACCACAAAUUAGACACAUUGUAGAAGAUUGUGAUAUGCCUGAAGUUCAAGAUAGGCAGACAUUGAUGUUUUCCGCUACUUUCCCAAGAGAUAUUCAACAUUUAGCAAGAGAUUUCUUAAAAAAUUAUGUUUUCUUAUCUGUUGGUAGAGUAGGGUCCACUUCUGAAAAUAUUACUCAAAAAAUCAUAAUGGUGGAAGAUAUGGAUAAAAAAUCUGCUUUAUUAGAUUUACUAGCUUAUCAACACGAAGGUUUAACAUUAAUCUUCGUAGAGACUAAAAGAAUGGCAGAUCAAUUAACUGAUUUCUUAAUUAUGCAAAAUUUUAAUGCUACUGCCAUUCAUGGUGACAGAACACAAGAAGAACGUGAACGUGCUUUAGGCGCUUUCAAAGCUGGAAGAGCUGAUAUCUUAGUGGCAACCGCUGUGGCCGCUAGAGGUUUAGAUAUCCCAAAUGUUACAUUGGUUAUAAAUUUCGAUUUGCCUUCAGAUAUUGAUGAUUAUGUUCAUAGAAUUGGGAGAACUGGUCGUGCCGGUAAUACAGGUGUCGCAAUUUCAUUUUUUAAUUCAAAUAAUACAAACAUUGUCAAGGGUUUAGUCGAAAUUCUAGAGGAGGCAAAUCAGGAAAUCCCACAAUUUUUGAAAGAUGCAAUUAGAAGACCAUUAAUGUCAAGAGGAAGUGGCAAAUUUGGUAAUAGAGGUGGUAGUGGAUUUGGUAACCGUCACGAGAACACGAGAGAUUACCGUAAACAUACUUCAACUCGUGGAGGGGCUGCCAGCAGCUCCUGGGCAUCUACUGCUUCAAGGGGUGGUAGAUCUGGAAAUGGUUGGAACGGCGCUGUCAAUGACAGCGAUUCAUUCUGGAACGGUGGUAAAGAGUCAGGAAGUUCUGCUUCUUGGUGGUAA